UCCUCAUAUGUUUGGUGCAAAGAGUUUCUCUUGUUUUACAGCAAUGGCUGCAGCAUUGGUUUUUAUCCUUCUCAAUGUGGCUAUGGUUUGCCAUGGAGGCAAAACAAGUUCUUUCAUAAGGAAGGUCGAUAGAGCUGAAGACAUGCCCCUUCACAGUGAUGUAUUUGCUGCCCCUUCAGGCUACAAUGCUCCUCAGCAGGUUCAUAUAACAAUAGGUGACCAUGUGGGAAGUGCCAUGAUCGUAUCAUGGGUGACCAUGGACGAACCAGGAAACAGUUUAGUGCGAUAUUGGAGUGAGGACAGCCCACACAAGAAGGAGUUAGCCAAGGGACAUCAUGUUACCUAUAGAUUCUUUAAUUACUCCUCUGGUUUUAUUCAUCACUGUACCCUUAGAGAGUUAGAGUUCAACAAAAAAUAUUAUUAUGAGAUUGGAAUGGGUCAUACAAUAAGACAAUUUUGGUUUAUGACCCCUCCUGAAGUUCACCCAGAUACGCCUUUUACAUUUGGUCUCAUUGGGGAUCUAGGCCAAACUUAUGAUUCAAACAAGACCCUUGCUCACUAUCAAUCAAACCCUCACAAAGGGCAAGCUGUGUUAUUUGUGGGAGAUCUCUCUUAUGCAGACAAUCAUCCAAAUCAUGAUAAUGUUAGAUGGGAUACAUGGGGAAGAUUCGUAGAAAGAAAUAAUGCUUAUGAACCUUGGAUUUGGGCUACAGGGAACCACGAACUUGACUAUGCUCCUGAGCUUGGUGAAACGGAACCUUUCAAGCCUUUCCGCCACCGUUACCAUGUCCCUUACAAGGCAUCAGGAAGUACUGAACCCUUUUGGUAUUCUGUCAAGAUAGCUUCGGCACACAUAAUAGUUUUGGCUUCAUAUUCAGCAUAUGGUACAUAUACUCCUCAAUAUGAAUGGCUUCAGGCAGAGCUAAAAAAGGUUGAUAGAAGCAAGACCCCUUGGUUGAUUGUUCUUGUGCAUUCACCAUGGUAUAAUAGUAACACCUAUCAUUACAUGGAAGGGGAAACCAUGAGGGUAGCUUUUGAGUCUUGGUUUGUGAAGUACAAGGUUGAUGUUGUGUUCGCUGGUCAUGUCCAUGCCUAUGAACGAAGUGAACGUAUAUCCAACAUUGAAUACAACCUUGCUAACGGUCGAUGUGGACCUACGAAGGACCUGUCAGCUCCUGUAUACAUAAACAUUGGUGAUGGAGGGAACAUUGAAGGCUUAGCAUUGAACAUGACAAAUCCACAACCUGAGUACUCUGCAUAUAGGGAGGCGAGUUUUGGGCAUGCCAUUUUCGAAAUAAAGAACAGAACACAUGCUCACUAUAGUUGGCACCGAAAUGAAGAUGACGUUGCUGUUACAGCUGAUUCCAUGUGGUUUUUCAACAGAUUCUGGCAUCCUGUUGAUGAUUCCACAACAAAGUGAACCAAUCAAAGCUUAUAGUAGCUGUUAGAAUGCGGUUAUUUUACAAUCGGUUGUUAGUUGGGAUUGGAAAAGACAUGUAUAUUCUCAAUUAAGAGUAGUUAGGCCUUGUAGAAGUUCUGCAACGUCCGAACUUUUCAGAAAAUUGAUUUUGUUUUUGCUAUUUUUUCUAGUUAAUG